AAUGGUUUCACUUAUUCCAGAUGAGAUGUUAAAGGAAGAACUCGCCCCGCUUUCAAUUACGAUUCCAAAUCUUCUCAACUCCAUCGACUUUUAUGAAGAAGGUGUUUACGCAAACGACUGCAGCAGAGAUUGGUGGUGUCCAUGGCCAAUAGAACGUGUGGAUGUUCCACAACAAUCUAAUCAAGGCGAUUGUGGCAUGUUCGUGUUGAAGUACAUUGAGCUUUUGAGCGCUGAGAUUUCGUUAGCUACUUGCACCACGCAGAACAUGCCCUUUUUCCGGUUGAAGUUGGCUGCAGAGAUAUUACGGGGAGAUGCUUACAUGCCAUGAUAGUGGUUGAAAUGGGUUCAGGUACGUGAUGAUUAAAUUGGUUUUGGAAAUCUCCAAUUUGAAAGUCAUGUAAAUACACAAUACAGAU